AUGUAUAACGCGUGGAUCAGUGAGCGCAUUCUCGGCUUACCACUCGUGCUUCAGAAUGAUGAUCUUCAGGGGCAAUUCCCAUUUAAUCCCUUAUUUUUCGUCUUCAGUGCCAUAUACUUUGCUUUCCAUACUAUUGCUUCGUUCGCUGUGGUACCAGCAGUAAAAGAAGGCAAUGAAAUGUUUAUAGUACCAACCAUCGUCAUGCUACUUGUAGACAUCGUUCUCGACUGCACAGCUAUUAUUGUCAUGGUCAUGAAGUUAGUAAAACAAAGUCCUCUUGAAAAUAUUCUAAUUGGAGGGAUAACAAUAGGAGUUCUUUUCUUGCCUCUCUUAAUGUACUCUACGCUUAUAGUUAUAUCCCAGUUUGAGGAACUAUUCAACAGACCUGAUAAAAUUCCCCUGCAGAAACGAAAAAGUAGCAAGUCUCUUCUGUGUGCACAAAGCAUGGAUUCAUCGGGAAGUUCAGAGACAAGCACUGGAACACUAGUCUAAUGCCAUUUGAAGCAAAUAAUCAUAUAGUUCAGCAUCCUUACAUUCUCAAAAUAUACAGAAUAACAUUUAUUGUUGGAUAUUAAAAUAAUUCCAGAGAAAAUUUACAAAUAAAUAUAUAUUUUUAACAAA